AUGAAUUCCAAUAGGACAGAUAAGGGAAGGAAGAUAGAUGAUGCUCUAUGGGCAUAUUGGACAACUUUAAAAACACCCAUUGGUAUGUCCCCAUACCAGUUAGUAUUUGGAAAGGCAUGUCAUUUGCCUGUGGAGCUGGAACAUAAGCCUUUGUGGGCCUUGAAGAAGUUGAACUUGAAUUGGAGAGAAGUUGGGCAUAUGAGGCUAGAUCAAAUCAAUGAGAUGGAUGAGUUUCGCAUGUACGCAUCUGAAAGUAUUGCGCUUUACAAAGAGAGGAUGAAACUAUAUCAUGAUAGGCAUAUUAAGCAGCGUAAAUUCAGCAUUGAGGACAAAGUGUUGCUAUUUAAUUGUAGGCUGAGAUUGUUUCUAGGCAAACUACGGUCAAAGUGGUCGGGAUCUUUCACCAUCACACAAGUAUUUUCUCAUGGAGAAAUUGAACUUGAAGCUGAAGAUGGUCAUAGGUUAAAAGUGAAUGGAAAAUGA